AUGUCCAACGGAAAGCCUGUUGACGGGAGCGUCUAUAUAUACGCUCCGAAUAAGAUUGCCCCAGUUUUCUUCGUGGUUGCAUUUGCGACUUCAGGACUCUUCCAUCUCUGGCAAUGUUUUCAUUACCGAUGCUUCAAAGUAACAUCCUACCAUUGGAUUUGCUGCCUCUUCUUUGUUGUCGGCUUCAUAACGCGGGAGUAUGGCGCGUUUAACUACGAAAACCUUCCUGUGUACAUCGCCAGCCAAACAUUCAUCUACAUGUCUCCGCCCCUUCUUGAGCUCGCAAACUACCACGUCCUCGGCCGCCUCCUAUACUAUAUACCCUACUUCGCACCACUCCACCCAGGCCGUGUCCUCACCACCUUCGGUUCCCUGUCCACGCUCGUUGAAGUUACGAACGCAAUCGGCAUAUCCUACAUCGCUAACACCUCGCUGCCUGAGAAUCUCACCAAGCUCGGGCAUAUCUUAAUGAAGACCUCACUUAUCCUCCAGCUCAUCGUCAUCGCGCUUUUCGUUGUGCUUGCAACUAUGACGCACCGUCGCUGCCUCAAAGCCCGCUACGGCAGCCGCGGUGUCGAGGACCUACUUCUAACACUGUACGUCAGUACAGGCAUUAUCUUCAUCCGCACCAUCUACCGCACCGUGGAGCACUUCGCAUUCUUAGACAUCCGCACCGGCCCUACAUUCGACCCAGCCAAACUCAGUCCCAUCUUGCGAUAUGAGUGGCUCUUCUAUGUCUUCGAAGCAAGCGUCAUGCUCGUCAAUGAAGUGUGGUGGAAUAUGAGACAUCCGAGGAGGUAUCUUCCGCAGGAUUAUCGCGUUUAUCUUGCACAGGAUGGACAGACUGAGAUUCAGGGCCCGGGUUGGGAUGACGAAAGGUCGUGGGCUAUGACGUUUUUCGAUCCGUUUGGCAUGAUGGGUAAAGGGAAAGGGAAGGAUAAGGAGAAACGUAAGGAGUUUUGGGAGAUUAAUGGGUUUGAUAAUGGACAAUCUGGGAUGGAGGUCUGA